GAAGCGAGACGUCGCACAGUGGACAGAGUGAUGGGCUGAAAUAUCUGAAUUCCCGCACCCGUUAAAUGCACCUUUGGCCCCAUUGCUCAUUGGCUUCCUUCUUCUCAAGCCCUAAUCCCGAUCACGAUCCCGAUCCCGAUCCCUGCCUCGUCGGAAGCUCAAUUAUAUUGGUGAUUUGCCCCAAUUGGAAUAAGGUGAUCCUAUGAUACAUGGACCUAUUCUUAGGCAGGAAGGAUUGAGUUUGAAAGCUGGAUGUGUUGCUCCUAAUCUGGACUGGAAAGUGCAAGAUCGGUUCUCAUGGGGGCUGUAUUGAGUUUCAGAGCUAGAAAUGGUGAGCUCUAUGAAGUACCACAGAGUGAAACUUGCAAAAGGCAAAAGACAUCCUCAAGCUUUUAUGAGGACCCACGACUAAUUCCCAGCCUUCCUGAUGAGAUAUCAAUUCAGAUUCUUGCUAGACUUCCUAGAAUUAGCUACUUGAAUGUAAAAUUAGUCUCACGGAGCUGGAAAUCUGCCAUUGUAAGUCAAGAACUUUAUAAGGUCAGAAAAGAACUUGGAAUAACAGAAGAAUGGCUUUAUGUUUUGACAAAGGUGGAACAUGAUAAACUUAUGUGGUAUGCAUUGGACCCACUGACUAGGAAAUGGCAAAGGCUGCCACCAAUGCCCAAUGUUUCAACAGAUGAAGGAUCUAGAAAGGGCUUAUCAGGUCUUCGGGUGUGGAAUAUGGUGGGAUCGAGUAUCAGAAUUGCAGAUACCAUAAGGGGCUGGCUUGGAAGGAAGGAUGCACUGGAUCGGAUGUCCUUUUGUGGCUGUGCUGUUGGGGCUAUUGAUGGUUGUAUCUUUGUGCUGGGAGGAUUUUCUAGAGCAUCAGCCAUGAGCCGCGUGUGGCGUUAUGAUCCAAUUCUAAACAGUUGGAGUGAGGCAAGUCCCAUGUCCAUGGGAAGAGCUUAUUGUAAGACAGGUGUCUUAAACAAAAAGCUUUAUGUUGUUGGUGGGGUUACUAGGGGGCGAGCAGGACUGACCCCCCUUCAGUCUGCUGAAGUAUUUGAUCCGUGUACUGGCUCGUGGUCUAAUGUCCCGAGCAUGCCUUUUUCGAAAGCUCAGAUGCUACCAACAUUGUUUCUGGCUGAUUUGCUUAAACCUAUUGCAACCGGAAUGAUAUCCUACAGGGGGAAACUAUAUGUGCCUCAGAGUCUAUAUUGCUGGCCUUUCUUUGUUGAUGUGGGAGGAGAGGUCUACGAUCCUGAAACAGAUUCGUGGAUUGAAAUGCCAAACGGCAUGGGAGAGGGUUGGCCUGCAAGGCAGGCAGGAACCAAAUUGAGUGUUAUAGUUGACGACAACUUGUAUGCCCUGGAUCCUUCAAGUUCCAUGGAUAGUGCUAAGAUCAAAGUAUAUGAUCAUGAAGACGAUGCUUGGAAAGUGGUGGCUGGCGAUAUCCCCAUGAGCGACUUCACAGAUUCCGAGUCUCCUUAUCUACUUGCUAGUUUUCUUGGCAAGCUUCAUGUUAUCACCAAAGAUGCAAAUCACAACCUUGCAGUCAUGCAGGCAGAGAGGCAAAAGUAUCCAACUGCCAUGGCGGCAUCAACUUCAUCACCUCCUGUAGAUGAUCCUCCACGCCCGGCAGGAUCUGAGACAAAUGUCUGGAAUGUCAUUGCCACGAGGGGUGCCGGUUUGGAGGAACUGGUCAGCUGCCAGAUCCUUAACAUCUAGAACUAUUGAUGAUGAUGAUUUUAUCAAUACUAUGUUUAGAGCUUUGUUUCAAAGUAAGUGUUUUAUCUGAUCAGCAUAGUUUUAUCACCUUCUUCUUGGUGGAAAUAGCACACUGGACUGGAGUGGUCUGUCAUCCAUCAAUCCAUCCAUAUAAACAUCUGGUUAUGGUUAAGGGGCGCACACACACACAUAAUUUUAUCCUCUUGUCAAGGAUCUAUGAGCGGAUCAUCUUCCAGCUUUAGAUUGCUAUAAAAAUAGAUUACGUAUUCAGUACA